UCCGAUGAUUCUUCUACCCGCGGAGCGGUUGAGACCAAACCCGAGAUAUCUGGGCGUGCUACCACUGUGGUUCCAUGGAAUGCAAACGGUGGCAAAAAAUCCGACGCGUUCAUCAAACGCCUGACCAGGCGUUUCCGAAUCGACAAUAUGAUUUUAAACAAAUCCUAUUGGGAAUUGUACGCAGCUGGCGAUUCGGAACAGACUCUGUUGAAAAUUUGUAACCAGACUGAUUUGAAGAAAUUUUCUGAUGUGUUCACACCUUAAUGUGAUAACGUUUGGGUGUGCUACUCAGCUUCACUGCCUUCGUUUUCCCCGUUUUUGUUAACACUCGGUGUUGUGUUCGUGGUUGAGGUGCUGAGCCGAAGACGUCAUUUGAUCAAGAUUGGUGAGGGCAGUUUUGGUGAAGUUUUUCGCUGUCCCGCUCAUCUGAGUGCAGCUCAGGAUAAACAACAAUCACUUGCGACCGGGGAGGAGGAGCUUGUGGCUGUCAAAGUGGUCCCAGUCGAAGGCUCGGUACAGUUCAAUGGAGAUAGUCAGAAAUCAUACAAUGAGGUUCUCUCUGAGGUGAUCAUCACGAAAGAAUUGACCGCUUUGGGUUACGGACUGCAGAACCAAACCGAAGGAUUUGUGCAACUGAAAAAGUAA